CCCGAGGCGCAGUGCGGCCAGACCUUCGCCAAGAAGCACCAGCUGAAGGUGCACCUGCUGACGCACAGCAGCAGCCAGGGCCAGCGGCCCUUCAAGUGCCCGCUGGGCGGCUGCGGCUGGACCUUCACCACGUCCUACAAGCUCAAGCGGCACCUGCAGUCGCACGACAAGCUGCGGCCCUUCGGCUGCCCGGCGCCCGGCUGCGGCAAGAGCUUCACCACCGUGUACAACCUCAAGGCGCACAUGAAGGGCCACGAGCAGGAGAACUCCUUCAAGUGCGAGGUGUGCGAGGACAGCUUCCCCACGCAGGCCAAGCUCAGCGCCCACCAGCGCAGCCACUUCGAGCCCGAGCGGCCCUACCAGUGCGCCUUCUCGGGCUGCAAGAAGACCUUCAUCACCGUCAGCGCGCUCUUCUCCCACAACCGCGCGCACUUCCGCGAGCAGGAGCUCUUCUCCUGCUCCUUCCCGGGCUGCAGCAAGCAGUACGACAAGGCCUGCCGCCUCAAGAUCCACCUGCGCAGCCACACGGGCGAGCGGCCCUUCCUGUGCGACUUCGACGGCUGCGGCUGGAACUUCACCAGCAUGUCCAAGCUGCUGCGGCACAAGCGCAAGCACGACGACGACCGCCGCUUCCUGUGCCCCGUGCAGGGCUGCGGCAAGUCCUUCACCCGCGCCGAGCACCUCAAGGGCCACAGCAUCACCCACCUGGGCACCAAGCCCUUCGUGUGCCCCGUCGAGGGCUGCUCCGCCCGCUUCUCCGCGCGCAGCAGCCUCUACAUCCACUCCAAGAAGCACCUGCAGGACGUGGACACCUGGAAGAGCCGCUGCCCCGUCUCCACCUGCAACAAGCUCUUCACCUCCAAGCACAGCAUGAAGACCCACAUGGCCAAGAGGCACAACCUGGGCCAGGACCUGCUGGCCCAGCUGGAGGCCGCCACCGCCCUCACCUGCGGCCAGGAGCCCCAGGCCCUGACGCCCAGCAGCAAGCUGACCGUGGACACCGACGCGCUGACGCCGUCCAGCACCCUCUGCGAGAGCAGCGUCUCCGAGCUGCUGACGCCCACCAAGGCCGACUGGGCCGUGCACCCCGACUCGGACUUCUUCGCGCAGGAGGAGGAGGACGACACCCAGUUCGGCUUCUCCCACCCCGCGGGCAGCCACGGCUGUCCGAAGGAGACGGAUCUCAUCACCGUGACUGGCGGCUCCUUCUUGGUAUGAGCCCACGCCCUUCAUUCCUCGCCACGUGGCCGACGUUCGCCAUGUUAAGGAUGUUCUGGGCUAACUGUGUGACUGCGGCCCUUUCUCGGGGGCCUGAGAAAGAACGUGGCCCCGGGCGACGCCUUUGCAGGUUUCAGUUCUGACCUUGAAUCUGGAACUGUCGAGUUGAGUGACCCUGAGCAAGUCACUUAACCUAUCUGAGCCUUAAUGUCCUUAUUUAUAAAAUGAGGUGGUUUGAAUAGAUUGCUUCUGAGGUCCUUUGAGCUCUGUGAUUCCUUGAUAAUAUACUUCUUUUCAUAAAAAAAUGACAUUUUCAGUAACGGUGUGGCAUGUACUUUUUUAAAAAACAUGCAUAAAAUACACAAUUAUAUGAGCAUCUAUGUUUUUGGUGUCCCACUUCAGCAGUUAAUUCAUGAACAAUUUUGUUUAAUCUCCACUUUAAACCUCUUGCAGUAUUAUUUCGGAGUAAAUAUCAGACAUCACAUCAUUUUAUGGUUGAUUUCAACCGUUAAUACUCAAUAUAUAGUUCUAUACGUUAUGGGUUCUUUUAGGAAAAAACUACAAUUCCAUUAUCAUACUUAAAGUUAACAAUAACUUUUUAAUAGUAAUAAAUGUUCAGUCCGGGUUUCAAUAUCCAGUUUUUUCAUAAAUGCUAGGUUGUUUUAAUAUUUUGAAUAAUUAGAAUACUAUUAAGUCUCUUAAGUGUCGUCUUUAUUCUUUUUUAAAUUAAAAUAUUAACUUUUUAUUUUUCAAUUAUAUUUGUCAUACAACAUAUUUCACUGUACAACAUAGUUACCUGCCAUUUAUAUAAGUUACAAAGUGAUCACCCCCA